AUGCAAGAGCAGCAAUACCAACUUCACCACAUUCCAUUGAUGCAAGUCAAGAACAUGUGGAGAGUCCAAGAGGAGAAGAUGAUUGGGCACUUGAAGCUAGGCUUGAGCAAGCUCUUCAAGCUAGAGUGUAGUGAGUACUCACUACUCACCAAGGAGUUCCUCUCCACAGUAGCUCUUGCCUUUCCCAACCACAAUGGAGACCAACCAGCUGGUGAUGGACUCCUACUCUUCAAGAUAGGCGAUGCCAAUGGGCGCAUCUCCAUCUCAGCUCUAUGCCAACUCUUUGGACUUCCCAAUGAGACAGCACAUGACUUCAAGGAGAACUCAAAGAGGAAACAAGCUGCCUUUGCUGAUUGGACACACUUUGCCAAUGAACCAUUCUUGCCUUCAAGGUCAAAGGUGUCUAGAAUCACUCAUCCAGCCAUUCGCUAUGUGCACCGCCUCAUCUCCACCACUUUCCAAUGCAAACAAGAAGCCAACAAGGUCACAACUGAUGAGUUCUACAUCCUCACCACACCAUUCAUCAAGCAUGAGUACAAGGCCAACCUUGGCCUUUUACUUGCCAAGACAUUAUCAAUGUGA